UUCAAUAUAUUAAAAAAAUGAUCUUUAACACGGAAACAAACGCGUCUGCAGAAAUACGACCGUACAGCACAUCACCCGUUACAUUUUUAUUCAUUUUUACCUCGAUGUCCAUUUUAUGUCUUUUAGUAUUUAAUGUCCUUUUCGAACGAACCAUUAUUAUGGAACCGCGCUUGCUUCUGCGCAGGUAGAAAAGCCGUCUCUUGCAUUUUUCAAGCCACUAAUUUGUCCCAUCUGCGACAUUUUUUACCAUAGAAUAAGACAACCAUUAUACGGCGGUCGUGCAAUCAUCUCUCGAUUGUUGCAAUUUUAAUCCCCUCUGUUUCAUGCAAACCACCGUAACUUUUGUUUUCAGUUGGUUGCAAUUGAUCGGUGAUUACCUCGCUACGGCUGCGUUUAGUUAGCGACCCUCGCGUGAUCAACUUGCCGCUCUAGAGUCGCUUUAAAACCAUACGCAGCCUAUUGGUAUUAAUCCGUGACUUUACGACGUUGGCUGUUUCGACAAGUACUCCGCGUUACAUUUCCGAUAACGUAGAUGUCGAAAUCCUGGUCAAAUUUUACGUAACAGUGGAUACAAAUUCAUACCCUAGUAUUAGUGCAAAAUUGUAAGAUGUCACGACGCGACAGAAUGACGGCUCCAGGCACUAUUUCUCUCUCGGUGCAAAUCGGUCUUCGUAUUAUCGGAUUCUGGCCUGAUACGCCGUGCGCGCUGUUGUUUCGAGGCCUUUGGAUACUGACCAUCGCCAUAGUGCAGAUUUAUCAAUACUGGUGGAUCAUUAUCCACUUCAGAACCGACGACAUGUCGUACCUGAUGGACGGUUUAAGUGUCACCAUAGAAUACACCGUGAUGUCCUUCAAACUGAUUAUUUUAUGGUUGAAUAGUCGUAUAUUUUACGACGUCCUAGCUGCAAUGGCUGCGGACUGGAAGGAAGCCGCCAACAACGAAGUACACAUCAUGACAAGCAAGGAAAAUCUGUCGCGACGCUUCUCCAACGUGAUCAUCGGGAUUCAUUCAGCAGCGGUAUGUUGCUUCGGUAUUGAGGUACUUGCAUCCCAUACUCAUUACGAUGCCGAUGGAAUCGAGACGCCCGUUCGCGCGUUCACGCUGAAGCUACAGCUCCCGACGCAGUGUAACGAGUCGCCGCUGUACGAGAUCGUUAUGUGUCUGGAGUUCUUUCAUCAACUGGUAUCUUCCACUGUAACCGGCAUACUUAACUCUCUGCUCAUUACGUUAAUUCUUCACACGAGUGGUCAAAUAGAGAUUUUGUGUGAUGCAUUGAGGAACAUUUGUUCUGACAAGAACAAUCGACCGCUAGGUUUCUCUAUGAAGGAACUGAUCGGCAAGCAUCAGAAGAUCAUCAUCUUUUCGAAUAAAAUCGAAAGAAUCUUCUCUUAUGUAGCGCUAAUCCAAUUCUUGGCAAGCACAUUAUUGACCUGUUGCGUAGGAUUUACGGUCAUAACGUCGAUCAGCACAAUGCAAGACUCGGAUACAAUCGAUAGCGCGGCGUUAAUAAAAGCUAUAGUGUUUUACAUGGCCGCUGCAGUGGAGGCGUUUAUCUUCUGCUUUUGCGGAGAAUACCUCAGUGCCAAGAGCAAAAUGAUCGGCGAUGCGGCGUACAAAUCAAUCUGGUACGACUUUCAACCUAAUGAGAGCAAGUUCGUCCUGCUUAUUAUAUUGAGAUCGCAAAGAAGGCUUACUAUUACGGCAGGAAAGAUGAUGGAUCUGUCGUUAGAGGGAUUCACGAGCAUUUUAAAGGCCUCUGUUUCAUACGUGUCGGUAUUGCACGCAAUGUAUUGAAGUUUGAAGACGAGCCAUCGUGUGGUAGAU